UCAUUCACUUGGUAUAGUUUCCUCUUACCUAUAUAUUGUCUGUGCUAUCGAUAUAAGGAAGAGAUUCAAAUGCAUCGUGCACGUCUAAGGUUAUAGUGAAUUGUUUUGCUCGUGUUUUGUUGUAGAUAUUUAGUUUGGUUUAUUGAUUUGUAUCAGAAUGAGGAGUAUUUUACUGCUGCCGGUGCUUUUGGCACUGGCGGUAAGCGGUGAAUCUGACCCUGAACUGGAUUGGUGGGAAACUACCAUUUUCUACCAGAUUUACCCAAGGUCAUUUAAAGACAGCGACGGAGAUGGCAUUGGUGACCUUAACGGAAUCACUUCAAGUUUAGAAUACUUGAAAGAGAUGGGCAUUGGAGCUACUUGGCUUUCACCAAUUUUCAAGUCACCGAUGUAUGAUUUCGGUUACGACAUCGCUGAUUUCUAUGCAAUCCAAGAUGAAUACGGUACUAUGGAAGAUUUUGAAAAUCUCAUGGCUAAAGCGAAGGAAUUAGAUAUUAAAAUAGUUCUGGAUUUCGUGCCGAACCACACAAGUAAUGAAAGUGUAUGGUUUGAGGAGGCGUUGAAAGGUCACGAGAAGUAUUAUGAUUAUUUUGUUUGGGAAAAUGGCACGGUUGAUGAAAAUGGUGUUAUGCAUCCCCCUAACAAUUGGGUCAGUGUCUUCCGCAAGAGUGCCUGGGAAUACAGAGAAGAAGUCGGCCAAUACUACCUUCACCAGUUCGUCAUCGGCCAGCCUGAUCUCAACUACCGCAACCCCGACGUGGUUGAAGAAAUGAAGAACGUCGUCCGCUUCUGGCUAGACAAAGGCGUUGCUGGGUUCAGGGUUGAUGCCAUUGCUCAUUUGUUCGAAGUAGAUAAGGCAGACUUUGGUGGAGUUUACCCUGAUGAACCUUUAACUAGGAAUACUGAUGACCCUGACAGCUACGACUAUUUAGACCACAUUUACACCAAAGACUUGGAUGAAACUGUAGAGAUGGUGUACCAAUGGAGGGAAGUCUUUGAUGAAUAUAAGGCUAAAGACGGUCUGAGCAGGGUCAUGAUGACUGAAGCUUAUUCAAGCCCUCAGAUGACGAUGAAGUACUUCGGUAAUGGUGAACGUUUAGGUGCACAAAUGCCUUUCAACUUUGUGCUGAUUUCUGACGUCAAUGGACGUUCUAGUGCUGCUGAAAUUAAAUACGCUCUUGAUAAGUUCCUUACAUUCAAGCCUAUUGACCAACAUGCAAACUGGGUGGCUGGAAACCACGACAACAACCGUGUAGCUUCAAGAUUCAGUCCAGAAUUAGUCGAUGGCAUUAAUAUGAUUGUGCUAUUGAUGCCCGGAAUUGCUGUAACUUACAUGGGUGAAGAAAUUGGCAUGGUUGAUGGCUACGUAAGCUGGGAGGAUACCGUAGACCCCAGUGGGUGCAACACUGAUGAUCCUAUUAAUUACUGGAUGUCGUCUAGAGACCCAGAGCGCACGCCAUUCCAAUGGAGUGCUGAUGUCAACGCAGGUUUCUCAGGCGGUAACAAGACUUGGCUUCCAGUAGCAGAAGGUUUUGAGAACUUGAAUGUGGAAGUUCAGCGCGUAACAGACAAAUCUCAUUUGAACGUCUACAAAGCUCUGUCGUCACUUCGCACUGACAAGAUUUUCAGAUACGGACGAUAUGAGUCUGUUGCUUUCAAUGAAGGAGUUUUUGCUUUCAGAAGAUGGUACAAAAAUAAGGCGUACAUCGUAGUCGUGAACUUCAGACAAAAAGCCUACACCAUCGAUUUAACUUACUUCGAGGGCGUCAACAAAAAGGUCGAAGUUGUUAUCAGCAGCAUCCAGUCUCCCAAGAAAGCAAAGGACGUUUUCAAAGCGAAUGCACUAGAAAUCCUUGGGAGCGAAGCUUUGGUACUCAAAGUUGACUAACUAUCAAACAACUUAUACACUUGUACACAACUUUUCACCAACCGAAUACACUCAAACAACUGUGGUUUACACUAUACUUCGGCCGUUCAGAGAAUGCGUUCCUGACACCUAUCAGUUAGUCACGACUAGUGAUGGGCACAACA